AUGGAUAUUCGGAAAGAAGAAUCAAACAUAGCUUAUUCAAGUUCACAAAUUGGUCAACGAAUAACAGAUGGAAGUAUCUAUCCAAAAAUUGGUAAAGAUAGAGUUCUUUUGGCAAAUAUAGAAGUCAAACCUGAGCCUGGUAUGAAUGGCAGUUGUUAUAUUCAAAAUGAUGCUUAUUAUAAGGAAUUUGUAAUCAAAUCUCGGAAGCAAGAAUCUGUGUUUUAUUAUAUGACCUGUCUGCCUGCUUUUCUUAUUAAUUUAGAAGGACCUAAUGUAUCGAUAUCUGGAGCUGUUUCUGUUCCUUUCAUUGUGUGUGACCAUCUUACAGACAUUUUCCCACUGGAUACAAUUACUUAUAAUCAUACUAAAGCAGAUGAUGUCGCACAAAUAUUUCUGGCUUUAAAAAAGUGUUUAUAUAUUUUGAAAGAAUAUUAUAAUUCUGUUUAUGAGUCAAACAUGAAUCCUUUUGAAACUAUUGCCAAUCGUGAUCAUUUAUUUCCAUGCAUCAAUAAGGUUAAUUUAGAAGAAGGAACAGUUAUCAUCAAAUACAAAGAAAGAUAUUCUAUAAAUCGAAAUUUAUGGAUGGUAGAAAUCCAAUUUGGAGACAAAAAAGCUAAGGGUUUGGUCAAAUUCACCCAAGAAUAUUCUGGAGAAGCACAUGGAAAAUGUUUUGAACUAGGUUUAGCACUCAAAUUAUGGGCAGUCAAUAGCCUUCAACUAGGCUGGAAGAUUGUUAUCAUGGAAUACCUGGAAGAAUAUAAAACACUACAUGCUCUUGAUUCAAGAAUAUUUCCUCAAACAGAAAAUGCUGUUAGAAAUGCUGUAAAAUUACUUCAUGACUCUGAUUAUGUACAUGGAAAUUUUCGUGAUGAGAACAUCAUGGCUAAAUAUGAAAAUGGAGAAGUUGAUAUUAAAAUUGUGGACUUUGAUUUGGCAGGAAGGGAGGGGAGGGCAAAAUAUCCUGAAAGUUUAAAUCCUACUAUUAAUUGGCAUCUGGAUGUUGGUUGGCAUAAGUUCAUCAAAAAAGAACAUGAUAAACAUUUAAUUGAUUAUAUUUAUCACAAUAUAACAUAUGAACCCUCAAAAAAGCGACAGUGUCUCUCAGAAUGGAUGAAUUAG